GUCUCACGCUCUUGCGUGUAUGAACCAGCUUAUUAAUCAUCGAUCUCAUGAUCUGGCUGAUCAUGUUGAUGAAUUCUUACAAGGAUUAUUCGCCCUUGCAGAAGAUGUUGACAAAGAUGUCAGACGCAAUGUAUGCUCUGCUUUGGUUCUCAUGGUGGAAGUUAGAAUCGACAGACUCAUACCACAUCUUCCUAACGUUGUUGAGUUCAUGCUAUUAAGGACGCAAGAUGCAUGCGAAGACAUUGCUCGCGAAGCAUGUGAAUUUUGGCUAUCAUUGUCUGAUCAACCUAUAUGCUAUCAAGUUCUUGGCCCUUACAUGGAACGAUUAAUACCUAUUCUUGUAAGCGGCAUGAAAUACUCGGAAAGUGACAUGGCGCUCCUACGGAAAGAUCUGAAAGAUGAUGCACACGUCCCAGACAAAGAUACGGACAUACGACCAAGCUUCCAUAAGCAGAAAAAUAAGUUUUCGGGAGGCGAUUCACGAGAUGAAGAGGAGGAUGAUGACUAUAUGUCCAACUGGACACUACGAAAAUGUUCUGCUGCUGCAUUAGACGUACUAGCGGGGGUAUUUCAGAAUGAAAUUUUGCCUGUUUUGUUGCCAAUUACCAAAGAAACAUUAUUUUCUGACCAGUGGGAAGUGAAAGAAUCCGGUAUUCUUGUGUUGGGGGCUAUAGCCGAAGGAUGUAUGAAAGGCAUGAUACCAUAUCUCCCAGAACUUUGCCCAUUCUUAAUUGAAUGUCUUAGUGAUGAAAAGCCCUUGGUCAGAAGCAUCACUUGCUGGGCAUUGAGUAGGUAUGUACAUUGGAUUGUGGGCCAACAACACGAGCAAUAUCUCAAGCCCUUAAUGAUAGAACUUCUCAAGCGCAUAUUAGAUUCUAACAAGCGUGUACAAGAGGCAGCGUGUUCCUCAUUUGCCACCUUAGAGGAAGAGGCUUGUACAGAUCUAGUCCCUUAUCUGGGAAUUAUUUUGAAGACGCUUGUCGAUGCUCUCAAACUCUAUCAGCGCAAAAACCUUUUCAUUCUCUAUGAUGCUAUUGGAACCCUAGCUGAUGCUGUUGGUCAUCAUCUCAAUCAGCCUGAAUUUGUUGAACUCGUUCUCCCUCCUCUUUUUCACAAAUGGCACUCUCUUAGUGAUGAUGAUAAAGAUCUGUUUCCACUUCUUGAAUGCUUAUCAAGCUUAGCUUCAGCCUUAGGGAUUGGGUUUUUGCCGUAUUGUGCACCUGUAUUCAAUAGAUGUGUGAAUCUGGUAGAACAAACUAUAAAUCAGGGCCGCGCCCAUGCUCAGAUGCCCAAUUUAUUUGAUCCACCCGAUAAAGAUUUCAUGGUAAUUUCUCUGGAUUUAUUGAGUGGUAUUACAGAAGGGUUGGGGGCUCAUAUAGAGCCUCUCGUAGCCAGCAACAACAUUAUCAAACUACUUUACGAGUGCGCUCAGGAUCCGCAACCUGAUGUUAGACAAAGCAGUUUCGCCCUUCUUGGUGAUCUCACUAAAGCUUGCUUCGUGCAUAUAAAGCCUCAGGUGGCAGAUUUCAUGUCUGUGCUGGCUAGCAAUCUUAGCUCAGACCAUAUCUCGGUAUGCAAUAACGCGAUAUGGGCCAUAGGGGAAAUUUGCAUGCAAAUGGGUCCAGAAAUGCAACCGUAUGCGAGCCUAUUUGCUCAGCCUUUAAUAGAUAUUAUCAGUCGUCAAAAUACUCCAAAAACACUUCACGAAAACACUGGUUAG